UCCAGGUAUCUGCUACAUUAUAAGAGCAACAGAAUUCAAAUGGAUUCACGGCUGUUUUGCGUGUUGGCUAUUAUGCUAAUAGCAGGUCACUCUGUUGUGGCAUUAACCGGCACUCAGUGUGAAGUUUCUGCUUCGGCGAGAGUAAACUGCGGGUUUCCUGGAAUCACUGCAGCUGAAUGUGAUAAUAAAGGGUGCUGCUUUGACUCUGCCAUUCAAGGUGCUCCAUGGUGCUUUCACGCUCAGACUAAAGAUGAAUGCUUACUUUAAAAACAAAUGAACUGGGUAACUGAAUUUCGAUGCCUGACCCCUGGACACACUUUAUGGAUGCCUGCCCAUGUAGAGUGCUGCGGAACAUGUUGGCGCUUUAUAAAUAAAGUAUAACAAUAAUAUUGGCCAAUACGGAAGAUGUUGGCAGUUUAUUCACUAAACACUGAUUUAUGUCACCUUGGCAACUGAUAAUCAACAUUUAAACAAAACAGCUGAAUAGGAAAAGUUUGUGAAAUACGAGAUGAGUCAAAAUGAAAGGACCACCCAAAUACUUUCUUAGAUUAAUCUUAACAUUAUCACACAUUAAACAUCUUGACUUUUGACUCACUCUGUACAAUUCUAGUAAGUCUAGUUGGGCUGAAAUUGUGUCAAACCAAAACAUAAAAGCUUUCCGCUCUUCAUCCAGAACUACUUAGCAAAUUGAACUGGUGGAGAACCCCUCUUCUUUCAUCGACAGGAAAAUACCUGGAGAAACAACGCAUUUCACAUUAAAUAUCUAUCUGUACUUACAUUCAAUUGUGAAAUAAAGUAUUCAUUCAUUCAU